AUGGCGGACAACAGCCCGCAGGAGACGGUGGAGACGAACGCAGAGGAAACACUCGACGGGUCGAGCAGCGGUGAAGAAGACGACGCUCCCGUUACUGGCGCCGGAAGCGAAGCAGCGGCGAAGAGCUUCAAGGAGCUGGGGGUCACCGAGGUGCUGUGUGAGGCCUGCGACCAGCUGGGAUGGAAGAGUCCAACAAAGAUCCAGAUAGAAGCGAUACCAGUGGCUCUGCAGGGGAAGGAUGUGAUCGGCUUGGCGGAGACCGGCUCAGGAAAGACGGGCGCCUUCGCUCUGCCCAUCCUCCAGUCGCUGCUGACGUCACCUCAGAGGCUCCACACCCUCGUCCUCACGCCCACCAGGGAGCUGGCGUUUCAGAUCUCGGAGCAGUUUGAAGCUCUGGGCUCCAGCAUUGGUGUUAAGUGCGCUGUUAUAGUUGGUGGGAUUGAUAUGAUGUCCCAGUCCAUGGUGCUGGCCAAGAAACCACACAUCGUCAUCGCGACGCCCGGUCGGUUGAUCGACCACAUGGAGAACACUAAAGGCUUCUCCCUACGAGCUCUGAGGUUCCUGGUCAUGGACGAAGCGGACAGAAUCCUCAACAUGGACUUUGAGACUGAGGUGGAUAAAAUCUUGAAGGUGAUUCCCAGAGACAGACGCACCUUCUUGUUCUCUGCCACCAUGACGAAAAAGGUCCAGAAACUACAGAGAGCAGCUCUGAAGGAUCCUGUGAAGUGCGCGGUAUCCACCAAAUACUCGACAGUUGAAAAACUGCAGCAAUACUACAUCUUCAUACCGUCCAAGUACAAGGACUGUUACCUGGUGUCCAUCUUGAACGAGCUGGCCGGUAACUCGUUCAUGAUUUUCUGCAGCACCUGUAACAAUGCCCAGCGGGUGGCGCUGUUGCUAAGGAACCUUGGAAUAACUGCCAUCCCUCUUCAUGGCCAGAUGAGUCAGAAUAAACGCCUGGGAGCGCUAAACAAGUUCAAGUCGAAGUCUCGAUCGGUGCUGCUGGCGACCGAUGUGGCGUCCAGGGGGCUGGACAUCCCUCAUGUGGACUGCGUCAUCAACUAUGACAUCCCCACUCACUCCAAGGACUACAUCCAUAGAGUCGGUCGGACAGCAAGAGCCGGCCGCUCUGGGAAAUCCAUCACCUUUGUCACCCAGUAUGAUGUGGAGCUUUUCCAGCGAAUCGAAACCCUGAUAGGGAAAAAACUUCCUGCUUUCCCAACCCAGGAAGAGGAAGUGAUGAUGUUGGUGGAGAGGGUGAGCGAAGCCCAGAGAUUUGCCAGGCUGGAAAUGAAGGAGCAAGGUGAGAAAAGGAAAAGGCCCAAACGAGGAGAUGGAGAUGAAGAUGAUACAGAACAAGCAAGCGGAGUGAGGAAGAAAGUGAAGGGUGGAGGAGGAGCGAGAGGAGGAAUGGGUGGAAUGGGAGGAAGAGGUGGAGGAGGAAGAGGAGGAGGGAAGAACAGGGGUACAGGAGCUUGGAGGGGAGGGCGCUGAAGCCUCUCACAUUAACAGACUGUACAUAACCACAGCAUGAAUAUCUUCCCUGUUAUUGAUGUAAAACUAGAUAAUGACAACAGUGUUUUCCAGCAUUUACUAUGAAAGAAAACUAUUUAAUUCUAGAAAAAGAACAUGUCUUUCCUUUCCUCCCUCCCCCCUUUUUUUUUCCAUUUGUAAUAAAAUGCCUCUGUAAAACUAAAA